AUGACUUGGAUCAAACUUGCUAGCCUAGCGCUAGUGGUUGGCCUCGUAAGUGCAGGGAUUUCGAAGAACGAGGACUUGGAAUGUAUGUUCUUAGGAUAUCCAGAUCUCGAGUACGACGGAUUCGACAGAACUGAGGUUCUGACCGAGAAGAACUUCAACCGAACUGUUUUCGCCGAGGACACCAAGUCGGUGGUUUUCUUCAAUGAUGUGGAGGAGGAUGAUUCAGAGCUCGACCAGUACGAAUGCUUCCUUCAGUUGUCCGCUCAAAUCAUGACCAAGAGAGGAUACAAUUUCUACACCGUGAACACCACCAAGGAACACCGUUUGAGAAAGCAAGAGGAAGUUGAAAAAGGAGAAGACACCAUUCAUGUCUAUAAGGACGGGUACAAGAUCGAGUACAACGGAGUUCGUGAUCCAGAAACUUUUGUCUCCUGGUUGAUGGACAUCCCAGACGAUCCAGUCACCAUUAUCAAUGAUGAACACGACUUGGAAGAGUUUGAGAACAUGGAUGACGAGUGUGUCCGUAUUAUUGGAUACUUCGAGCCAGGAUCUGUUGCUCUCAAGGAAUUCGAAGAGGCCGCUGAAGAUUUUAUGGGAGAGAUUGAGUUCUUCGCCGUUGUCACCUCUAAGUGGGCACGCAAGGUCGGACUCAAGAGAGUUGGAGAGGUCCAGAUGCGCAGACCAUUCGAGGAAGAUCCACUUUUCGCCCCAACUUCCGCUGAUACCGAGGAGGAGUUCGAGGAGUGGGUGGAGAAGAACAAAGAGCCAGUCAUGCAAAAACUCACACUUGACAACUACUUCAAUCUUUGGAGAGACCCAGAAGAGGAGGAGAAGAUGAUCUUGGCAUUCGUCGAUGAGGAGACUCGUGAGGGAAGAGCCAUGAAGAAACUUCUUGACAAGAUUGCUGAUGAGAACUCUGAACACGCUGGAACUCUUGAGAUCAUUCUUGUGGACCCUGAUGAGUUCCCACUGAUGGUUGAUGUCUGGGAGGAUAUGUUCGGAAUUGAUAUUGAGGAGGGACCACAAAUCGGACUUAUUGAUAUUUCGGAGAAAGAAGGAAUCUGGUUUGACAUGUCUCAAGUCAACUUGGACGAUCCAAAGAAGCACUCUGACUCCAACUUCGAGGCUGUUCAAUCAUGGAUCGAUCAAAUUCUCUCUGGAUCUAUUUCUCUUGAUGACGACGAUGAUGAUGAGCCAGAGCCACCAGCACCACCACCAACUCAAAAGGGAAAGAAGUCUAGAAAGGAAUUGUAA